AUGUCAAGCCUCGAUGGACUCCUCAACCGACAGAGACCUGGACCGUGGCAAAAGUUCUGGGCACAGCCUUGCGUCUUCCUGGCCCAUCAGCUUUACCGUUGGCGGGAGCCCAUCCCAGCUAUCCCUACGAACCCUGUUACGAUUGUCUGUAUCUCUGAUACCCAUAACGCCCAUAUCAGCGUUCCAGAUGGUGAUGUUUUAAUACAUGCCGGCGACUUGACACAAUCUGGAUUUCUAAAGGAGCUUCAAGAAGCACUCAACUGGAUACAUACCCUACCUCAUCCUACUAAGAUUGUUAUCGCUGGUAAUCAUGAGUUAUUACUUGAUGCUAAGUUGAGUAACCAAUCCACCCAAAUAUCAACGGAUCGGAUGAAUCUAGAUUGGGGUAAUAUAAUAUACUUGGAAAAUACCGAAGAGACAAUCUGCUGCCCAAAUGGUCGACAACUCAGGGUUUACGGUAGCCCUUAUUCUCCAUGUCAUGGAAAUUGGGCCUUUCAAUACCCCCGAAGUCAGGAUAUAUGGGCAAACUCAGUCCCAGAAGGAAUCGAUAUCCUAAUUACCCAUGGACCACCUCUUGCUCAUCUUGAUCUACUAAAAUUAGGAUGUCCUCAUCUACUCCAGACACUAUGGAGGGUCAAACCAAGGCUUCAUGUCUUUGGACAUAUACAUGAGGGCGCAGGAGUUGAGUGGAUUUCUUUCAGUCGCUUACAAGCUGCGUAUGAGCGUACGAUAAUUUUUGGAGGGGGAUUCAAAAAUCUUCUAUACACAGCAUGGGAGUUUUUCAAAGGAUAUAUAGGCCUUCAAGUUGCUGUUGAAGCAAAAUGUUUGCUUGUGAAUCCAUCGAUUGUUGGAGGACUAUGGGAUAAUGAGCGAAGAGAGCCCGUCAAGGUUCUUAUUUAA